AUGAACGAGUACACCACUAUCUGUAUCUUUCCAGGACCACUUUUGGAGACAACAGUGGGUGAAGAUGUGAACACCAUGCUCCUCCUGAAUCUACUAAGUGGGACGGAGUACAGUGUUCAAGUGACGGCUUCCUACCCGACAGGACAAAGUGAACCACUGCUAGUAAAUGCAAAGACAUUGUUCCUCGGUGUCUCUGGCUUGUCAACCUACCAGGUGCGUCCCAACAGCAUUUGUGUCCAGUGGCAGCCUCUUCUACAUGCCACGUUAUACAGAGUCUUCAUACAGUCCACACUCAAUGGUCAGAAGCAGGAAGUCAGCCUGGGAGGUGGUGCUUCCCGACAGUGCUUCUAUGACCUCACUCCAAGCAGCCAAUACCAGAUCAGCAUUCACACCCAGCUGCAGGAAAUGGAGGGACCUUCUGUUUCCAUCACUGACAUGACAUUGCCAGCGCCCACUCAAGCUCCGACUGAACCCCCGACAACAGAGCCCCCUCCCACCAUCCCACCUCCUAAAGAGGUGUGUAAGGAGGCCAAGGCUGACCUGGCUUUCCUGGUCGACGGUUCCUGGUCCAUCGGAGACGACAACUUCAUGAAGAUCACGCGUUUCCUCUACAGCACUAUGGGAUCGCUGGAUCUGAUUGGACCAGAUGGAACCCAGCUCCGCCCUCCGCUUACCUGA